AGUCGCGCGGCGCGGCCGGGCUGAGGCGGAAGCGCGGCUCCGCCGCCAUUGCUGCCGCCCUGCGGCCUCUGCCGCUGCCGCCGGCACCGGCACCGCCACCGGCAGCGGCACCGGGCCGGGCCCGCCAUGGAGGCGAGCGCGGCGAAGCGGAAGGAGCCGCGCAAGGCGCUGCGGGUUAAAGUCAUCUCCAUGGGCAACGCCGAGGUGGGCAAGAGCUGCAUCAUCAAGCGGUACUGCGAGAAGCGCUUCGUGCCCAAGUACCUGGCCACCAUCGGCAUCGACUACGGCGUCACGCGGGUGCAGAUCCGGGACCGGGAGAUCAAGGUGAACAUCUUCGACAUGGCCGGACACCCCUUCUUCUACGAGGUCCGUAACGAGUUCUACCGGGACACGCAGGGGGUGCUGCUGGUCUACGACGUGGGCUCCAAGGACUCCUUCGAGGCGCUGGACUCGUGGCUGGCCGAGAUGCGCCGCGAGCUGGGGCCCCACGGCAGCCUGGACAACGUCGUCUUCGCCGUCUGCGCCAACAAGGUGGACGCGGGGAAGCUGCGGGUGGUGGACGAGAGCGAGGGGCGGCUCUGGGCCGAGAGCCGCGGCUUCAGCUACUGGGAGACCUCGGCCCAGAGCGGGGAGGGCAUCCAGGAGAUGUUCCAGAACUUCUACUCGGCCAUCGUGGAUCUGUGCGAGAACGGCGGGAAGCGGCCGCCGGGCGGCCCCGGGGUCAGCUUCACGCGGGAGCAGGCGGACGCCAUCCGGCGCAUCCGGAACAGCAAGGACAGCUGGGACACGCUGGGCCUCAAGCCCGGCGCCUCCAGGGAGGAGGUGACGCGGGCGUACCGGCGCCUGGCGGUGCUGCUGCACCCCGACAAGUGCCUGGCGCCCGGCAGCGAGGACGCCUUCAAGGCGCUGGUCAGCGCCCGCACCGCGCUCCUCAAGAACAUCAAAUAGCCCCGGAAAAUUCCCGGAUUUCCGUCCCCGGGAUCGGAUCCGCCACGGGGUGGGACAGGGAGGGAGAGGGGAUGGGAAUUCCUGGGGUUUUGGGGGGGUAUUC